AUGGGCGUCGAAAAAGACGACGGGAUCUCCGUCGCUCCUAACAAUGCCGUCUACGAUGUUUCUGCCACUGAGAAGGGGGUCAUGGAGGUGCCCCGGGAGAAUGAACUUCAUCGUGCGCUCAAGGCGCGCCACAUUACUAUGAUCGCAAUCGGUGGUGCUAUUGGUACCGGUUUGAUCAUUGGAACUGGCGCGGCUCUUGAGAAGGCCGGGCCUGGUUCAAUUCUGAUAUCUUAUGCCUUCAUGGGCUUCAUCGUCUAUCUUGUCAUGUGUGGUCUCGGAGAGAUGGCCACUUGGUUACCUCGCUCCUCCGGCUUCACUGGUUACGCUGUACGCUUCUGCGACCCUGCGUUGGGGUUUGCACUGGGUUAUACGUACUGGUUUAAAUACAUCAUCGUCACACCAAAUCAGUUAACAGCCGGCGCGUUGGUUAUUCAAUACUGGUUGCCCGCAGAAAAAGUCAACCCGGGUGUAUGGAUCACCGUAUUCCUAAUCUUGAUCAUCUUCAUCAACUACUUCGGUGUCGGAUUCUUUGGUGAAUUUGAGUUCUGGCUUUCGUCGUUCAAAGUUGUCGUGAUUAUCGGCUUGAUAUUGCUCUCCUUCAUUUUAAUGCUGGGAGGCGGACCUGAUCAUGACCGCAAAGGCUUCCGCUACUGGAAAAGCCCGGGUGCCUUUAGAUCCUAUAUCGACGAGGGCCCCGAUGGUAACGGCAGCGAUGCCGGUCGUUUCUUUGCCUUCUGGUCGACCAUGGUUUCUGCCACAUUUGCCUAUCUCGGCACAGAGUUGGUCGGUGUGACUGUUGGCGAGGCCCAGAAUCCCCGAAAGACGAUUCCGCGCGCCAUCAAACUGACCUUCUAUCGUAUCGUCUUUUUCUACGUGAUCAGUGUUUUGCUGGUUGGCACUCUGGUUCCCUACGACCAUCCGAGACUCGAAGAAGCAAAUAGUGCGGGUACUUCUUCAGCCGCCUCGCCCUUUGUCCUUGCCAUUGAAAUCGCCGGUAUCCCCGCACUUCCCCACAUCUUGAACGCCUGCAUUCUUCUCUUCGUCUUCUCCGCUGCCAACUCUGAUCUUUACAUUGCCACUCGAACCAUUUAUGGUCUCGCUAAGGAGGGCAAGGCACCUAGGAUCCUCACCAAGACUGACCGUCGUGGUGUACCGUUCGUGGCUCUGGGCCUCUGCGCACUUAUUGCCUGCAUUGCCUACAUGAACGUAUCGAGCAGCUCAAAAACCGUGUUCAAAUACUUCGUGGACCUGGUCACCAUUUUCGGUCUACUCAGCUGGAUCUCGUUGCUGGUUACCCAUAUCUUCUUCGUGAAAGCUCGCGAAGCCCAACAAGUUCCAAAGAGCGAUCUUGCCUAUACCGCCCCCCUCGGUAUUUGGGGUUCUUACUUUGCCCUCUUCUGGUGCAUUGUUGUCUCUUUUACUAAGAGCUUCGACAUUUUCACUAACGUCAAUGAUUCAUUUGACUACAAGACUUUCAUCACAUCAUACCUGGGCAUCCCGCUAUAUCUCAUUCUCAUUUUUGGCUACAAGCUUACCACCAAAAGCAAGCGUGUCCUUCCGCACGAGGCGGACCUCUGGACUGAUAAGGACAUUAUCGACCGCGAGGAGGCUGCAUAUCUUGCCCAACAGGAGGCCAAGAAGGCAAUGCAGAGCAAUAACAAAGGCCUCGCCGCAUGGUUCUACAAGACCUUUAUUUCCUGGCUGUUUUAG